CACCGUGGGCAACAGUCUCCAACCAACGACUCUAGCGACAAAAGAAGCAGAGGCAAUCACCGUUUUUUCCUCAGUCGAAAAAGAAUCCUUGCGUUUCACAGAGAACCGAUGAUCCAUCGACGAGGCCACAAACAAAACCUAGAACAGGUGUCGCAACCGAUGCGAACGACAACAAAGGCAACAUCCAAGUCCUUCCCCGGUGGUAGUUCGGAGCACUGCCACCGCCCUGAGAAAAGCCGGGGAAGCAAGCACGCAAACACCAAUUUUUCAAAUACCACACGUCUGCUGGUCUUGGUCGUUCUGAUCUCGUCGGUGCUUUGUCCAACGGCUCACGCUGGAACUCUGCCCACGUCGUCGUCCUCACAGCUAGAUUCCACCAUCACAGUUACGGCAGAGAGCGAACCAAACAAUACCCUUCCAAACACACUCGAUCCUGAUACUUUUGAUGCGACCAUCACAGAGCCAAUCUUCAAUAAAAACGCAAAAUCAGGCAGGACGCUACGAACCAAUCAUGAUAGCAUCGCUGGAAAGAAACUUGCCUUCCUCACUGGCACUUCGAGGGGGGGAGGAGCGAGGGCAAGGUUGAAAGGAAUAAAAGUAGGCACAGCUCAACCCGCAGAAAAACAAGUCCCUUCUUUUUAUUGGGCCGUCCUGCACAACUGGCUCUAUUUCUUGUCGCUCGGGUUCAAUGCGGUGAACAUUCCGUAUCUGAUCCGCGAGGUCGUCGACGGUCCAAACCACAACGGCACACCUAGCCCUCGCUCCAUCGCCCUCAGUGGGAACGUUGAGGCCGUGGACAAGAUCCUAACUUUUGGGGGGAUUGCCUUUUUGUCGGCCCUUUCGGACAAGUACGGCCGCAAGCCAUUGAUCGUUUGGUCGUCCCUCGGAUUUGCCCUCACUAACCUGCUACAGGCCCUCAGCGGCUCGGUGUCUCCGUCUGUUACGACAUCUAUUCUAUAUCUAGCCGACUUUGUCGAUGGGUGUUCCUCCUGCAUGGGUCCAGUUUGCCAGGCCUACGUUGCCGAUUGCAGCCCCCCAUCCGGCCUGGCGUCCAACCUGGGAAUCUUUCAGGGACUCAGCAUCGGUGGUGCGUUCAUCCUGGCUUUUCCGAUCGGCGGCUUCAUCGGUAACAAGCACGGGCCAAAGCUGGCGAUUCGAAUGGCCGCCGGAUUCCAGUUACUCAACUGCCUCAUUGCCUUGAUCUUGACCCCCGAGUCGAAUUCGAAAGCCGGGGGCAAUGCCGACAAGAAGAUCCGCUUAUCGGAGGUCAAUCCCAUCACCGGGCUGCAGAAAUUGUUCGGCCUCGGAGGAAAUAACAGCGGACCCAGUGUGUCCCUGCUCCGGACUGCCUCCCUCGCGUACUUCUCCUUGUCACUGGCCCGCUGCGCACUCGAUGCCCAGUUUAUCAACUACACCAACUUGAGGUUUGGCUGGACGCAGGCUCAAUCGGGGCCCGUUCUGGUAAUGGUGGGACUGAUGCUGGCGAUCGUUCCGCGGAUCGUGGUCCCAAGGAUCGGCCUACAGAGAUCUAUCAACUACGGGCUGAUUGUGUACGCGCUCGGAUUUUGCGCCGCCGGGCUGGUUUCGCAGCCGGCCCAUUUUGUAGGGGCGAUUGCGGUCAUAGCCUUUGGCUGUGGUACGUACGAAGCAAUUCAGUGCAAUCGAAGUUCGAGUUUUUGUGGCGGCAUAGUUUCUUCCGGAAGCACGAAGCAGAUGACGUUAUCUUCUGCAUCAUGCGCUUGAUACUACAUAACUCGGUACUAACUCUUUCCAUCCCUUCCAAUUUCAUUCCUUGUUUUUUUGUGGCAAAAAUCGUUGCAGUCGCGAUCCCCGCACUGCAAGCAUUGCUGGCAAACCUGGCCCCACCCGGAGAAUCCGGUGCCCUGCUUGGAGCGGUUGGGUCACUAACAGAAUUGACGGGUGCGAUCGGUUCCUCCAUGUACGCGACGCUGGUUGCGACGUUUGCCGUUCCAUCUUCUACAAGUGGUGUAGAUCCCGAAGGAGUGUUGGAACCGCCAUCAUUUUUCUGGUCGGGUGUCUUGCCAAACGUCGACAGCAUUCCUGGAAUGCAUUUUUUGGUGGGUGCUUGUUUCUGUUUGAUCGGUUGGGCAAUCUCAACUCCGGGAUUGAACCAGAACCGAGAUCAUCCCGCUUUGAAAACAGCCGUAGACAAGGAGUUGCUAUCGGGAUCAGCAUCGUAGUGACUGGGGUCAAAAAUGUGUCUAGAUGAAACAUAGAACAAUACUUUGUAUGUAUUGAUAUAUUAAGACGGAGAUAAUUUUUCGACUCAAAAACAAAUGCUUUGGCAUUUUGAUCGAAACAUUCCAUUAUGUUUCAAUUCGUUAAUUUUUCACAAAAAUCAAAAACUAAUACCAUG